GUUCCGCAGCCCGAUGUAUGGAUGAGUGACCCAUUGUAAAUGGUGUAUCCAGCAGUGUAAAGAAGAUACAAGUGUAACACGAGCCGAUGCAAACAUGCGCUUCUCCGCGAUGAGUUUCGAUGUCACUUUGUUGGGAAAACCUUCUGACGUCACACGUCUCCCUUUUCAACGCCGACACGGCGGCUCGCGCUUCCUUUUCGCGCGCCGCUCCUGCGUCAACUGGCGAAUCGUCUGAAAUGUCCGGACGAGGAAGAGCACGUGCAGCCCAGAGCACAGACGCGAGGCGAGCCAAGAGUCCUGCGUGUCCGGCUGCGACACGCGCUAAGGACCGAGAGGACCCGAGUCCCCGAACGGCGCACAAGGGAAAGGGGUCGGCGUCGGAGCCGGAGCGCGGACCCAGGAGGAAAAGAGAGGAGGUGGACGGAGGAGGUGGAGGAGCCUCUGCGCGUGCGGGGCCGAGACCGAAGCCCGAGCCGAACCGAGCGAGCCCUGGAGGAAAGCCUGCACGAGAGGAGACAGACCCCAGCAGGAUUCUUCUAGAAACGCUGGAGAAGCUAAAGAUCAAAAAGCAACACAGAGCUGAGGCCGCGGCCACCAUCAACGAGGUGGUGGACAUGAUCGAGAAGUUCAUGGAGGAGGAGACGGAGUGCUUCAGGCAGAUGGUGACGUUGCGCACGGGCAGCGCCUACGAGAACGUCAAGAUCAACGAGCCCGACGAGUUCGACGUGAUGUUCGCGGUGCCGGUGUAUCGCACGCGAGUGCAGCAGUUCGGCGACGGGAGCGCGUUCUGCAGCGCGCACGUGGACAGGGAGCGGAGGACGCGACCUUACAGCCAGUUCGUGCAGGAGGACGGCACCAUAUCGGCGUGCGACAUGCUGAACCACUUCAGGGAGCUCGUCAAGGUGGCCGUGAAGGAUCUCGAGUAUGUGGAGGUUAAGCGCAAGAAGAAGGGCUGUCCUGCUGUGACCCUCCAGAUAAUGAAGUCAGACAUGGAGUUCCCCAUCUCGCUGGACAUUGUGUUGGGCCUGGAGGUCCACAGCUCCAGCUGGCCCAGCUUCACCAAGGAUGGCUGUAAAAUUGAAAAAUGGCUUGGGUCUAAGGUCAAGAGAGACUUCAAGUUCAAACCUUUCUAUCUUGUGCCAAAGUAUGAGGGUAAAGGAAAUGAAGCAAAGGAAGGAGUCCUAGCUAAAGAUGCCUGGCGCAUCUCCUUCUCACAUGUGGAGAAGGACAUCCUGAAGAACCACGGCAAAGUCAAGACGUGCUGUGAGAAGCAGGGGGUGCAGUGCUGCAGGAAGGCCUGCCUGAAGCUGCUGAAACACCUCCUGCACACACUGAAGGAGAGACACCAGAAGGAACUGUCGGAAUUCAGCUCCUACCUGGCCAAGACGGUGCUCUUGCACGCAUGCUCCAGCAGGGUGGACGACAACUACUGGGCCACAGCAAACUUGAGCCACUGCUUCCAAAUGCUGCUUGAAGACUUUGAGAAGUACCUGAAGAGCGGCAGCCUCCCCAACUUCUUUAUCCCCUCGCACAACCUCCUAGCCUCCGGUUACAGUCGGAGAAGCUGUGAACACCUGGCUGACUUCAUCGCAGAGCAGCGUAACAAUGGCUUCCCUAUCUUCAGCGGCUCUUCCCAGUAACUCCCAGUUGAACAUCUAACCCACUGAGCACUUCUCUUUAUCCCCUUUAAAUCCAGGCUGCUGAACUCCAGCUGCUCUCCCUCCACCUCCAUCACUAGUCAUCAGCUUCCCUGUCCUUUCCUCUAAUAUCUGAUCCUUGGCUGUUCCACUUUGCUCUUCUAUGUUAUUGUAAAUCUGCUUUUAUUAUGGUACUCAAACAUUUUACUGUGGUGAAAACCACUGUUAGAGGUGCUUUUAUAUAUAUAUUAUAUAUAUAUAAAAACAAAGUCAAAAUUCAAACUAAGUCAAUGUGGGCAGUGUGGUGAAUAGUACCGCUGGCUCACAGUGCCUGGGUGGUGCAAGAGGUGGGCUCGAUCCCCACUCAGGCUGUGUGGAGUUUGCAUGUUCUCCCCCGUCUGUGGGGGUUUCC